UUUUGUUCUCUCCUCUGCAACCGUUGACCUUUCCAAGAUGACAAAGACAUGGAUCGGGUCUUCACCCUACCCACGACCACGUUCAUCGGUGGUGACAAGCAAGCCCUGCCCCUCAGAGAAAUCAUCGAGCGACUUGAGGAUGUGUACUGCCGCAGCAUUGGUGUAGAGUACAUGUUCAUCAACGACAGGGAGAAGUGUGACUGGAUCAGGCAGCAGUUUGAGAAGCCUGGAGCCAUGCAGUUCUCCAAGAUGGACAAGAGACUCAUCCUGGAGCGUCUCAUCCGCUCCACCAGGUUUGAAGAGUUUCUUGCCCGUAAGUGGUCAGCUGAGAAGCGAUUCGGCCUGGAGGGUUGCGAGGUACUCAUUCCAGCCCUGAAAUCGAUCAUCGACGAGUGCAGUGCUAAGGGGGUGGAGAGCUUUAUCCUUGGCAUGCCCCACCGUGGCCGACUCAAUGUCCUUGCUAACGUUGCCCGUAAGCCACUGGAACAGAUCUUUUGCCAUUUUGACUCCAAACUUGAAGCUGCUGAUGAGGGCUCUGGGGAUGUUAAGUACCAUCUCGGAAUGUCCCACUCCCGUCACAACCACAUCAGCAAACGCAACAUCAACCUUGCUCUGGUAGCUAACCCAUCUCAUCUGGAGGCCGUCGAUCCUGUGGUCCAGGGCAAGACCAGGGCGGAGCAGUUCUACAGGGGCGACACUGAGGGUAACCAGGUGAUGAGUAUCUUGAUGCAUGGUGAUGCUGCUUUCGCUGGUCAGGGGAUUGUCUACGAGACCUUCCAUUUGUCGGAUCUCCCGGAGUACUCCACUCACGGAACUAUCCAUGUUGUCAUCAACAACCAGAUUGGAUUCACCACUGAUCCCCGUUUCUCCCGGUCCUCCCCCUACUGUACCGACGUGGCUCGUGUUGUCAACGCACCCAUCUUCCACGUCAAUGCUGAUGACCCGGAAGCAGUCAUGCACGUGUGUCAGGUCGCCUCUAAAUGGCGCUGUAGGUACAAGAGCGAUGUCGUCAUUGAUUUGGUAUGCUACCGUCGCAAUGGUCACAACGAGAUGGACGAGCCCUUGUUCACCCAACCUCUGAUGUACAAGAAGAUCCGUGGUCAUAGACAAGUCCUCAGGCAAUACGCUAAAGAGAAGAUACAGGAAGGAAUCAUGACUGAACAAGAGUUUGAGGAGGAGCAAGUUGGCUAUGAUAAGGUCUGUGAGGAUGCUUACCAGAAUGCUAAGAAGGUCACCGAGAUCAGGAAUGCUGACUGGCUCGAUUCUCCUUGGCAUGGUUUCUUCAACAAGGAGAUUCCUCUUCAGUACCCAUCGACCGGUAUCGAUGAAGAGACCUUGAAUUAUAUCGGAGAGAAGUUCAGUACCAACCCUGAUGAUCUUACUCUUCAUGGAGGUCUGAAGCGUGUACUCCGUGGACGUAUGGACAUGGUGAAGAACCGAACCAUUGACUGGGCUCUGGGCGAGGCUCUUGCCUUCGGCUCUCUUCUCAAAGAAGGGAUCCAUGUCAGAUUGAGUGGACAGGAUGUAGAGAGAGGAACGUUCAGCCAUCGUCAUCACGUUUUGCAUGAUCAGAAUGUGGACAAGAAGCGCUACUAUCCUCUCAAUAAUCUCUUCCCAGACCAAGCUCAUUACACCGUCUGUAACAGCUCACUCUCAGAGUUUGGCGUUCUUGGUUUUGAGCUAGGAUUCUCAAUCACGAACCCACGCGCCCUGGUCGUCUGGGAGGCCCAGUUUGGUGAUUUCCACAACACAGCCCAGUGCAUCGUAGAUCAAUUCAUCUCAACAGGACAGGCUAAGUGGUACAGGCAAAGCGGACUGGUUAUGCUGCUUCCUCAUGGAUAUGAAGGCAUGGGCCCUGAACAUUCUAGUGGCAGGCCAGAACGUUUCUUACAGAUGUGCAAUGAAGAUGCUGAUGUGAUCCCAGAAAGGAAUGGUGAUAUGGAAGUCAAGCAGCUCUAUGACUGUAACUGGCAGAUCCUGAACUGCAGUACACCAGCAAACCUCUUCCAUGCCUUGAGAAGACAGAUCCUACUCCCCUUCCGCAAACCUCUUGUGAUGUUCACCCCGAAGAGUCUUCUCCGUCAUCCCGAUGCCAGGUCUUCAUUUGAUGAAAUGAAGGAAGGUACGUUCUUCAAGAGGAUGUACCCUGAAGAAGGUGUCCCAGCCCAGAACCCUGCUGCAGUCAAGAAGCUGCUCUUAUGUACCGGUAAGGUCUACUUUGAGCUUAAGAACCAGAGGGAAGCCAGAGGACUCACCAAUGACAUCGCCAUCGCCAGGAUUGAACAGAUUUCACCGUUCCCCUUUGACCUGGUGGCAGAGGAGGUAGAACGCUUCCCCAACGCCAAACUCCAGUGGGUACAAGAAGAACAUAAGAACCAAGGUUACUGGACUUACAUCCAACCUAGGGUACUCAACUCCAUCGGACAUGAAAGGCCUCUUGGAUAUGCUGGCCGGGCCGCAUCCGCUUCCACUGCUACAGGCAACAAGAGCACUCACCUUAACGAGCAAGAGAGCUUCUUUAAUUGUGCCAUGAAUAUCGACUAAAAUUUAUUCAUUAUUACUGUAGUUAAACACACCGCUCAUAAUAGCUGGAUUAUCAUUUUGCAAAGCACAAUCUGGAAAAAUUGAUGCUAAUUUUGAUAAUGUUUAAUUUUUGCAACAAAUUCUAUCAGUUGAAUUUCAAUUUUCAAUAUCUCGACAAAAAUAGCCUGAGCUUGCUGAGCAUUGAAUGAUGGUAUCUUAAAGCAAACAAAACAUAAAAGCUUGAAUAUGCAUGUUACUGUAUACUUUUAUUUGUAGGUGCUUUGUGUAAUGCUACUUCAAAGCAAAACACGUUGAUGAUACUGAUACAUCAGUUGUAUUGUGGGAACUCUGGAACUGACAAAUAUGUCUCUUCCUAUCUGGAUAAUGCAAUAUUGGAAGCUACUAAAAACGGAAGAUGCACUUAAUUAAAUAAAUGCAGCAUAUUGGAUUGUGAAAUAUCAACCAUUUAACCAUAAUUUUCAAAUCACCCAAAUAUGAACUGGAAAGUUAUCAUCAACAUAAACUUGUUUGAUUCUGUGGCUUAUUUCACUAAAGGAAUAAAUCAAUUAUCAUUGAUGUCAUUACGUUUUGUUUUUUACUUCUCCAUUUUUGGAAUUCUUUGGAAUUUUUGAAUUCUUAUUUUCGAAUUUCAAAUUUGUUUCAUGUCUGUUUGUUUGUUAGAGACUAUUUAUUGUUCAAAACCGAUUUUUUUUUUUUCUUCUUUUUCUUCUUUUCAUUAUUCUACUUACGUUUCGUUUCUUUAACUUUUUUUUUUUGGGGGGGGGAGGUGUGGGGGAAACGAAACUGUAAAGUGAAAAUGAACAGCUUGUAGCAUAUUGUUACAAAUAUAAUAAAAACUCAAACUGCCAAUACAAAUUGAAUUUUGAAGGGUGGAGGGGGGCAUGACUCAUUUUACAAGACUAAUACUAAGUUUUUGUCACUGCAUCUGUAGACUGCACAUAUUGAUCAAGUAUAUUGUCUGCAUUUGCAUUUUAAAACGUACCAAAUUCACCGUCAUUAUAAUGAAGGUCAUUUUAAUGAGCUAGUGUCUUAGGAACUAGAAUUAAUUAUUCAGAAUAGCUAGGUAUCCAGUUAGAAUAGUGUUAAAGUGCCUUUUGAUAGACCUGACAUCCCCCAAAAAAUAUUUGUCUUAUUGUAGAACGUCUAGUUAGCUGUUUUCUGCACAGCAUGUUAACACUCGUAGAGUGCUUCCAAUGUAUCAUGCACUACUUGUGGUUUUAUAAUUUAUUCAUAUCUAGUUUGGGGUUUUUAGUCGAGUAGUAAGACCUCGUCUUAAACUGAUGUCCAUAAUAUUCUAGUGACUACAUUUUGUGAGAGGGUAGUUUGCACUGUCUAACUAUCGCUAGGCAACAGUCAUGAGAAUUUAUUAAGCAGAGAAAAUAUUGGAUAUUUAAAGAGGAACAAAUUUAUUGGCUCUGAUGGUUGUGGCUGUGCGGUGGAUAGAAUUGAAGUCAUAUGUAUUAGCCAUGCAAAGAUAAUUGGCGCGUUUUAUACAAUUUCUACUGUUAUUUAAGCAGCUUUUAAACGUGAAAUAAACAACCUUGUUAACGUGGCAAGGAAUUGAUAGUCUUUUCGUAUUUUAUGCCUUUGCGCUUCAAUUUUUGUGAAAUUGAAAUUGUCGGGAAGGAAAUGUUGAAUUUGAUGAAGUUGGGUAAAAUUACUUGCACAAAUGAAGUUUACGUAGAUAUAUUAUUAAAUAGUCUUUUAAUAUGAAUAUAAUAAAUGUGGAUGAAAGAAUAUCAAUGCACCUCGUCUGAAGGUGUAUAUAUCUGGGGUGGGUGAACAAUUAGAGGAUUUACCACUUCAGAAUCAUAUUAUUUCAGUGGUGAGUUGAUAUUAUCCUUUUUUUUUUCUCAUGAAAUGUUUUAUUGAAAAUGUAUGUUUGCUGUCAUGAAGUGAGAAAAAGCCUAAAGUAUUGUUGUAUGUUGUGUAUCAUAUUUGGUUUAAAAGAUGGCCGGCUCAUUACUGACUCUGAAAGGAGAGGAGAUGAAAUAUAAAUUAAAAUAAAAAUAAAAAUAUUGAAAAUAUA